CUAUGGCGGUGUGACUGUGAGGAAGAGAGAGAAGAAGCAGGAGCAGUGAAACACGUACCACUAUGCGCCCUCGAAUUCGCGCCACCUGGCUCAUUCUACCUCUACACAUCACUCCCUUCCCUUCUCUCCAUCAUCACCAUCAUCAUCAUCCUCGCCUAAUUCUCACUACCCCUAAAUCGAUCAUUCAAUUUCAAUGGAACUGGAUACCCUAUGGAAUACCGCCGCUAACCUCGCCGAUUCGCACCAGCAGGUGGUUCCGCUCACCGUCUUCGUCGCCGUCCUCUGCUUCUGCUUGAUCCUCGGCCACUUACUCGAAGAGAAUCGAUGGGUCAACGAAUCAAUCACCGCUCUCAUUAUCGGAUUAACCGCGGGGACGAUCGUUCUGUUGAUUAGCAAAGGGAAGAGUUCACACAUACUCAGAUUUGAUGAAGAGAUUUUCUUCAUCUAUCUCCUUCCGCCCAUCAUUUUCAAUGCAGGAUUCCAGGUUAAGAAGAAACAGUUCUUCCAUAACUUCUUCCCCAUAAUGUUGUUUGGGAUUGUGGGAGUUUUCAUAUCGUCAUCCAUAGUUACAGCUGGCAGCUGGUUCAUUUUCCCCAAAUUCGGUUUUGUUGGUCUGACUCAUCGCGACUUUCUUGGCAUUGGAACAAUUUUUUCAUCCACAGACACCGUAUGCACUCUGCAGGUUCUGAAUCAAGAUGACACUCCAUUGCUCUACAGCCUAGUCUUUGGUGAAGGGGUAGUAAACGAUGCUACUUCAGUCGUUCUGUUUAAUGCAAUUCAAAAGCUUGAUGUCAACAAAAUAGAUGGCUGGAAAGCAGCCGGAGUUUUAGUAGAUUUCCUGUACCUAUUCUCCACAAGCACUGCUUUAGGAGUUGCUUCUGGCCUUGUGACUGCAUACAUUCUCAAGGGCUUAUGCUUUGGACGACAUUCAAGUAUUCGAGAGAUCGCUCUUAUGGUCCUUAUGGCAUACCUUUCCUACAUGUUGGCUGAGCUUUUCGACCUCAGUGGGAUUCUGACUGUGUUCUUUUCUGGGAUUUUUAUGUCUCAUUAUGCAUGGCAUAAUGUGACUGACAGUUCAAGAAUCACGACCAAGCAUGUGUUUGCGAUGAUGUCCUUUAUUGCAGAAACAUUUAUAUUCUUAUACGUGGGAAUGGAUGCCCUGGAUAUCGAGAAAUGGAAAAUGAGCAAAUUAAGUCUCUGGAAUGCAAUUGGUAUAUACUGUAGCGUCAUGUUCCUGAUAUUACUAGGCCGUGCUGCUUUUGUUUUUCCUCUAUCGGCAAUAUCAAAUUGUAUGGACCGAACUUCAACCCGAUCAACUCCAAUAUCAUUCAAGCACCAGGUCGUCAUUUGGUGGGCCGGGCUGAUGAGAGGAGCAGUCUCCAUUGCUUUGGCAUUCAAGCAGUUCACUCAUUACGGCGUGCCACUAGACCCAGUAAAUGCCACCAUGGUGACAACGACAGCAAUAGUAGUCGUCUUUAGCACAUUGGUCUUCGGCUUCUUAACAAAGCCACUAAUACACUACUUACUCCCUCAGGGAGGCACCAACACUCUAGACCGUGAUCCAACGCUUACCAAAGAGGACAUGAGGCUUCCUCUGCUUUCGUUCGAGGAAUCAGCUUCGACGAACCUCAGCCGAGCAAAAGAUGGUCUGACGAGGCUGAUGGAGAGGCCUGUUUAUACUAUACAUUCCUUCUGGCGGAGAUUUGAUGAUGCUUACAUGAGGCCAACUUUCGGCGGCCCGACAAGUGACCAGAGCUCACCGUGAGGGAGACUGUGGAAAUGCCGCUGCAUGAAUAUGGUCGGAGGUCAGUUACAAGGGAUCUGGUUUUCCGAUGUGAUCAGCCACACUUGUUUUUUUACUAUGAUCAAGUGUAACAUCUCGUUGAUUCAGGUCUUUUUUUUUGGUUGAAAAACGGUUUCACUCGGACUAGAAGAAUAGAAUUGUCGUUUUUGGCCCCUCUGGAGAAAUGAGUUAAAUUGAAUC